AUGACACUUGCUUCCACAACCACCGCUCUCACUCUCUGCCACCGUCGAACACCACUCUCUUACUCCAAAACCCGUUUCCCCCAACAAAACAGUGUUAUAUCAUUUUCUAGUUUCAGUAACCAAAUUGUUUCCAAAUUAAGCAUCCAAAAUGAAGAGCUCCAAGUUCAAACACGCAUGUGGAAUUGGAAGGGUUACUUUAUUCGCUAUCAAUAUUCUGGAAACAACGGUCCUGCACUAGUUUUGGUGCAUGGUUUCGGAGCUAACAGUGACCACUGGAGGAAAAAUAUUCCAGAUCUAGCAAAAUCCCACCGUGUAUACUCUAUUGAUCUUAUUGGUUAUGGAUAUUCAGAUAAACCAAAUCCUCGCCAAAUUGGAGACGAUUCUUUCUAUACUUUUGAUACAUGGGCUGCACAAUUAAAUGAAUUUUGUCUUGAUGUUGUUAAGGAUAAAGCAUUUUUUAUAUGCAAUUCGAUUGGAGGAGUUGUAGGUCUUCAGGCAGCUAUAACAGAACCACGAAUCUGCCGGGGGAUUGUUCUUCUCAAUAUAUCUCUGCGUAUGCUUCAUAUAAAGAAGCAGCCUUGGUAUGGAAGACCUUUCAUCAGUUCGUUCCAAAGAUUGCUUAGGGAUACUGCUGUAGGAAAAUUCUUCUUUAAAGCUAUUGCAACGAAAGAGUCUGUGAAGAAUAUUCUUUGCCAGUGCUAUCAUGACACUUCCAAGGUGACUGAUGAGCUAGUGCAGUUCAUCCUUAGUCCAGGACUGGAACCUGGUGCUGCAGAGGUUUUUCUUGAGUUUAUUUGUUACUCGGGUGGCCCUCUUCCAGAGGAACUGCUACCCCAAGUAAAGUGUCCAGUUUUGAUAGCUUGGGGUGACAAGGAUCCUUGGGAACCAAUUGAAAUGGGAAGAAAUUACGGAAAUUUUGAUUCAGUAGAAGACUUCAUUGUCCUUCCAAAUGUUGGGCAUUGCCCCCAGGAUGAAGCACCUCAGCUUGUGAACCCACUUGUUGAGUCAUUUGUGGCACGGCAUGCUAAAUCUUCAUCUCCUACCCCAUCAGUUGGUUGA